AGCGGCGGGGUGGCCCUCGGAGGCCUUUGGGCGGCUGGAGUCCUCCGGUUUACUGAGAGAAUGAGGGGGUCUGUGAUGCUGAGGUGCGAGGGCCGGGGACAGUAACGUGCCGAUGGACUGGAGAGUCUUUGAUCCUGAGGUCCGGGCUCUCGAGGCGCGGGCGGGGAGCGCUGCCCUAGGAGCCGGGCAGUCUCCGGAGGCGACCAAGGGUUUUCCUUUCACAGGAAGUUGGGCCGAGCCGCUGGGAAGAAGGGCAGGACUGCGAGAGCGAUGACAGUCCCCUGCCCCGCAAGUGACCGUCCCGCCCAGUGAAUUGCAUGUAGCGCCCCGGGGAGGGGUGUUCGGCCGCCCGCACGGGCGAGACCGCUGGGUGCCUGGUCCUUCGGCACAGGAAGAGGCGCAGGCUCGCGAUCACAGCGAGAAAAACUGAGCUGGGAGCCUGAACUCGCCGCCUCCACCAGUUUUACCAGCAAUGGGAAAUCCAGAAAACAUAGAAGAUGCAUAUGUUGCUGUUAUUCGUCCAAAGAAUAUCGCAAGCCUCAAUUCUCGGGAAUACAGAGCCAAGUCAUAUGAAAUUUUGUUGCAUGAAGUUCCCAUUGAAGGACAAAAAAAGAAGAGAAAGAAAGUUUUGUUGGAAGCUAAACUUCAAAGCAAUGGUGAAAUAACACAAGGCAUAUUAGAUUAUGUAAUAGAAACCACAAAACCAAUUUCUCCUGCAAACCAGGGUAUCAAAGGAAAACGAGUGAUACUAAUGAAGAAAUUUCCGCUGGAUGGGGAGAAGAUGGGCAGAGAAGCAGCAUUAUUUAUUGUUCCAUCAGUUGUCAAAGAUAAUACCAAAUAUACAUAUACUCCUGGAUGCCCAAUUUUUUAUUGCUUACAAGACAUUAUGCGAGUCUGUAGUGAAUCCAGCACACACUUUGCUACACUUACUGCAAGGAUGUUAAUAGCCUUGGAUAAGUGGUUAGAUGAACGUCAUACACAGUCUCACUUUAUUCCAGCUUUAUUCCGACCUUCUCCUCUGGAGAGGAUAAAAACUAAUGUCAUAAACCCCGCAUAUGCUACUGAAUCAGGUCAGACAGAAAAUUCACUGCAUAUGGGCUAUAGUGCAGUAGAAAUAAAGAGUAAAAUGUUAGCCCUAGAGAAAGCAGAUACCUGUAUUUAUAAUCCUUUGUUUGGAUCAGAUCUUCAGUAUACAAAUCGGGUAGAUAAAGUGGUAAUAAAUCCAUACUUUGGUCUAGGAGCUCCAGACUACUCAAAAAUCCAAAUUCCCAAACAGGAAAAAUGGCAGAGAAGCAUGAGCAGUGUCACAGAAGACAAGGAACGACAAUGGGUAGAUGAUUUCCCUCUCCAUCGAAGUGCCUGUGAAGGAGAUUCAGAAUUACUAAGCCGUCUUCUCAAUGAAAGAUUUUCUGUCAACCAGUUAGAUAGUGACCACUGGGCUCCCAUUCAUUAUGCAUGCUGGUAUGGGAAAGUUGAAGCCACUCGCAUAUUGCUGGAAAAAGGGAAGUGCAAUCCAAACCUCUUAAAUGGACAGCUUAGUUCUCCUCUUCAUUUUGCCGCUGGAGGAGGACAUGCAGAAAUAGUACAGAUUCUCCUAAACCACCCAGAAAUUGACAGACAUAUAACGGACCAACAAGGAAGAUCCCCUUUAAAUAUCUGUGAAGAAAAUAAACAAAAUAAUUGGGAAGAAGCUGCAAAAUUGUUGAAGGAAGCCAUCAAUAAACCAUAUGAAAAAGUUCGAAUAUACAGAAUGGAUGGAUCAUACCGUUCUGUCGAACUGAAGCAUGGAAAUAAUACCACAGUGCAGCAGAUAAUGGAAGGAAUGCGUCUAUCCCAAGAAACACAGCAGUAUUUCACUAUUUGGAUCUGUUCAGAAAACCUUAGCCUUCAACUGAAGCCUUAUCAUAAGCCCUUGCAACAUGUUCGUGAUUGGCCAGAAAUACUUACUGAAUUGACUAAUUUGGAUCCUCAAAGGGAAACACCACAGCUUUUCCUAAGAAGAGAUGUGAGACUUCCUUUGGAAGUUGAAAAAAAGAUCGAAGACCCGCUAGCUAUUCUUAUUCUUUUUGAUGAAGCCAGAUACAAUUUACUGAAGGGCUUUUAUACAGCUCCUGAUGCUAAACUGAUAACAUUGGCAAGUCUAUUACUGCAAAUAGUUUAUGGAAAUUAUGAAAGCAAAAAACACAAGCAAGGUUUUUUAAAUGAAGAAAAUUUAAAAUCCAUUGUUCCUAUUACCAAGUUGAAAAGUAAAGCACCUCACUGGACAAAUCGAAUACUACAUGAAUACAAGAAUCUUAGUACAAGUGAGGGUGUCAGUAAAGAAAUGCAUCACCUUCAGCGCAUGUUCUUACAGAAUUGUUGGGAAAUUCCUACAUAUGGAGCAGCUUUUUUCACAGGACAGAUAUUUACAAAGGCAAGCCCCAGCAAUCAUAAAGUCAUCCCAGUAUAUGUAGGGGUGAAUAUAAAAGGACUUCAUCUCCUCAACAUGGAAACAAAGGCUUUACUCAUCAGUCUUAAGUAUGGUUGUUUCAUGUGGCAGUUAGGAGAUGCCGAUACUUGUUUUCAGAUUCAUAGUAUGGAAAAUAAAAUGAGCUUUAUAGUACACACGAAACAGGCUGGCCUUGUGGUUAAACUGUUAAUGAAGUUAAAUGGACAGUUAAUGCCCACUGAAAGAAAUUCGUGAGUGGAAAGCAGUGGAUACUCAAGCUACCACACAUUGAUGCAUUUUUUUCCAUGAAAGAUACCUUAAACUUUUACUUUUAAUAAGGACUCAAGUUUCUUAUAAUAUACAUGUAUACUGUUACAUUGUACAGAAUCUGUACUUAUGUUUGGUGUGUAAUAUACCAAUUAGUUUUAUAUAAUAUUCUCAUAAACUAUUCUAAUUUUUGAGAAAAACACAAAAAGAUAUAGGUCAGUAGCCUUUAUUAGUAAACAAAAUAGUAAGCUUUAUUUAAAAAAAACAUUAUUUUGGUAAAUUGCAAAGAAUUUGAAGUGGAAUGUAUGAAAUUGAAAAAUUGGUUUGGUAUAAUUUUAUGUGUCAUUUAAAAAUAUACACAAAGUGAACUUGAAUAAAGAAAAUGCAUUUUCUACUUAAACUAUGUAACUUAUUUAAAACAUGUUUCUAUAGUUUAGAAUCUAAACAUGCUUGAUAAAAUCUGUUAAAAUAUUUAUCUUCUAUAUAUUAGUAUUUCUCAAAGUCUAGCACUUGAACUCUCUGCAUCAUAUUUACCAGGUUGCCUAUUUAGAACAGAAAUUUCAGAGACUCACUCUAGACAAGUUUAUUCGCUCUCUGGAAGUAGCAAGGACCUGGUAUUCUUGUCUUGAAUUUCAAUUGUUUUCUUCUGAAAUAAUUAAAAACCAGUAAUGUAUUUGUUUAAGUUAGUUACUUAAAACUGUGUAGUGAUUAUGAUAGUAAGCACAUUUAUACUUAGGUACAUAAAUUAAGGACCACUGCUGGAUAUUAGUUUGUUUUAUCUAAUCUGUUCUAUCCUUUCACUUGUUUGUUAACUGACACUAUCAAAUUGCAUUCAGUUGAUUAACCUGGAAAUCUUGUGGUCUUUAUCACCCUACACCUCCUAUUUGUGGAGUUCUGUCAAAUGUCUUUCAAGUCCUUACUCAUUUCUUUCCUUCCUGGUUCCACUGAAGACAAUCUGAUUCAGGUAUUCACACUGUCUGUUUUGAAUGAAUGCAAAAUUUAUUAAUUUUUAACAAAAAUUUAUUCAUAGUGGUAUGAUUCUCAUUGAAUUUUUGUAUUCAUGAAGCUGUUUAGGUUUUCAGACAAGCAGUAGGAGACAGACCAAAUGAGCUCUAAAGUGAAAGAAGUUUAAGAUCUUAGGACACUUAAAGGCCAGAGUGCUUGAGGUACAACAGAAAUGUCUUUCAGUGGGCCAGGUGACUCACUGACUUAACAUGUCCAUUUUAUAAGCAUAAUUAAGAGGUUCAAUCCCCAAUACUAUUACCUGCACCUAGUGUUAUCUUGGCAGCUCCACCACUUGAACCUACCAGUUCUAUUGUGAUUCACCACUGCCAAAAACUAUUUCUGGCUGAAUUGCAUCCAGUUUUAUGCAAGCACCAGAGUUAAAUAAAAAGGGGAUAUGACACCCCCUGUCCCCAUGAGUACUGCAAGUAAAGAUAUCCAGCACCAAGGAAGGCCAACACUUUGUGAGCAUGACAGAAAACCCUGGUGAGAAUUACCACCAAAAUGUAUGUGAGCAUUGCAACUAAGAGUUCAAUUUAUAGGGCCAGGGAUAUGGUUUUAGGAGUUGAACUAUUUGUCUUGCAUGAUGAGACCUUAGUUCAAUCCUGGUACCACAAAAAAACUCCAGGUAUGAGCACUAGUACAAAUGGCACAACUAAAGGAAUAUAACCCUCAGCUAGUAUCAUUGUUGAGUGUGUGAGCACUAUAACCUGAUGUGUGACCUCAGCAAGAACCACACUAAAUAAGUGAGCAUCAUAGCUGGGUGUAUAGGUGAUCCCUAUCCAUCGCAAAGACAACAAAGGAAGAGAAAGGAGAAUUAACAUGGAUAGGGGCGCAAGAGAUAGAAUAGGGGGUAGAGUACUUGCAAGUAUGCUAAUCAGGGUUCAAUCCCAGGUACCCUAUGUUGUUCCCUGAACCCACCAGAAAUGAUACCUGAGAACUGCUGGGUAGGUGUGGCCCCAAAACAAAAAGAUAUAUGUACACCUAUGUUCACUGCUGUACUUAGUACAGUAGCCAACAUGCGAGUAUAACUCAAAUGUGCAACUACAGCUGAAUGAUUAAGAAGUGUGGUAUACAUACACAAUGGAAUAUUAUCAAACUGUGUAGCUCACUGCCCUUGUAUGAGACUGUAGGGUAACCUGCGGGGUGAAAUAAGCUGGGGGUGGGGGGUGAAAAGGAAGGAUUGUCUCACCUGUAUACUUCCAGAGAAGAAAACAAAGGUAAUGACUGAUCAAUUAAAAACCCCUGAGCACUGGAUUGCGGAACUGAGACCACCAGGAUAAAGGGGAAUGGGGGAGGAUGCUUGAUGAGGUAGAUUAGAAGCAAUACAUGGGAAUUGUUGGAGGAACUUGGGCACGGUAAGGCAAGGUAGCUGUACACUAAAACUAUAAAUGUUAACAUUAUUAUUAACAUGUAAAUUUAAUCAAAUUUGGAAAGAAAAAAACUUGGAGAGUCAUGGGCACUUUGGUGAUGCAAUAAUUUUUUGUACAUCAGAACUAAAGUGCUAAUACUAUUGUAACCAGAUUACCUAAACUAUAACCAAAACAUACAUAAAUAAUAGGACAUUUAAAAAUUAAAAUUUGAAGGGGAGCCUCCCAAGCAGUGUUCGAGGACUCCUCCCAGUGGUACUCAGCCCAACUCUGCGGGCCUGAAGUUUCAAUGCCCGGGUGAGUGAUAGGGUGCUCCUUUGGCCAGAGGUGCUACCAGCCAUUAGGGCCACGCCCAGAGGUGCUGUGAGGGCCAUGGGGUACUGGGAGUCAAACACAUGAUCUCCAAAUACAAGUUAUGCACUCUUGGGCUUUGUUUGAGGAAUCUCCUGUUUGAGGCCCUAAAUUUAAUCUUUGGGAGGGUUGGGUGGGCAGUGGGACCAGGGUUUGAGCCACACCAAGCAGUGCUCAGGGCUGACUCUUGGCAUUGUGCUCAGGGAUCACUGCUGUCAGUGCUCAGAGGACCAUAUGUGGUGCCAGGAACCCAGUUACUAUGACAUAAAUAAUAUUCUCAUUUACAGAUGAAGAAAGUUUAGCUUACCAAAAAGAAUAUGGUUAGUAAGUAGCGGAGCUGAUAUUUAUAGCUAAACAGUCUAACUCCAGAAUAUAAAUGCACCAGAAAUAUGUAAUGGAUUAAAUAAAUGCUAUUAUAGAAGUCACUAUAUUUUGGAACAACUUUAAGUUAUAAUAAAAUUUGAGAAAAAUUUUAAU